GAGUAAUACAUCGUUUUUGAGGAUCGAUAUACCUGUUUUUGGGUAGUCAUCAUCUGGGAUGAUUUACCGCAUGCUUGUCGUGUCUACACCAACGAAGUUUGUAAUACCUAUGUGUACGAUAUUGGUUCACUAUUUUUAGAUAGUCUUCAAGCGAAACUAAAGGAGCAUCAAAGAAUGGCGUCAGGUUGUCAAGAUGCGCUGGAGGCUGAGCCUUCUGAAAUCGACACCCGGUCUCAUUUCUCCUUCGUUGAAGUAAGCAAAGACAAACGCACCGUUAGCUAUGUCGGGAAGGGCAGCCAUUCAGAUGUAGGAGCAGUCCAAGCCAACAGACCGUGUCCGGUGCAUCGCCUCCUCUACUACUUCGAGGUUGGUGGAUAUCUUAAACAUGGUUUUGAUUCCCACCGAAGCUCUUGAUCUGGAUCUCCCUCUCCACAGUAUCUUUAUGGACGUAGUUUCAGUUACAGUUCAUACCCCACGAAUGGGCACGCUACUCCUCCUCCUCCUACUACUACUGCUACUCCUAUUACUCCUACUCCUACUCCUACUACUGCCGCUAUUGCUACUACUGCUACUACGCCUGUGGCCGGGCUCUCUGCCAACACUGUCCGCGAGUUCUGCCGCAGAGUGGGCACCAUCGUGGCAGCAAAGCAGCAGGAGCAGGCAGCACAGGACGCCGGUGGGUGUCGUCUGGCCUAUUGUGUUAGUUGUGAGAGCAUCGCAGCUGUCGAGGUGAGUGAGUACCUGGCCGCGCCGUCGUUGGUGAUUAUCGGCAGCAGACAGCGAGGAAACCUACCCACCGCCGCGGUGCGGGAUUGCCGGCCACCCGCAGGAGCUGCUACCAAUCUGCGAAAGGCGCCGCGGCGCGCUCUGUGGCAGCAGCCACCAGAUGGCUUCUAUGAGUGCGCACGCAUCUGCCAGGGAUGGCGACCAGAUCGCGCCGACCUCCACACCGGCGGCCAUCUGGUGCGCCGCGUGAACAAUGCAGCCACUUUGCUUGCCAACGAGACACGCCGCCCGCCGUGUGCGCGCCUUGUCUGCGACCACCGUCAAGGCUUUGCUUGUUGAUUUCUCGGCCUUGCAUGGAUGACAGACGAAGGCCGUCUCGUGUUUUCUCUCCCAGUCAAUGUAUGAGGCGGGUGGGCUCUUAGAUGUUUCGCGCCUUCUUCUUUUGAUCUUGGCAAAACUUCCCGCCGCCUCGAGGAAGGUUGGCCCACUCGCCUUGGGGUUAGUGGUCUGGCAGACUUCGAAAAAUAGGCCGGAAGCCAGUGCCUCGGAAAUAUGUGGAAACAUGUGGAGGGGCGGGGGGCAGCUUGACCUGGUGAAGCGCCUCCCCCUGCACCUCCAAGAUGUCAGGAGGACACGCCUGGGCACCUUUCGCGCCUAGUUUUCCGCGAAAAUUCCUCUAAUUUUGAAGAGGUCGCGAAUCGUUGUAGGCUAGUCGGUUGCCUGUGGUGGUCGGGGUGUGUCUUGUGUGGUGGGCUUAGUUGUGUGGCUGGGGGGUGUAGCGUGCUCUUUGUGGCCUUGCCGCUGUGUCGGGGGGUGGGUCCCCGCGCGAAAGGUCCUCGGCUGACGCGGCAGCUGUCAGACUGGUGCCGUGCUCGGGUCGGUUUUUAGGGCCUAACUUUUUUACUAAAAAUCGUGCUAAUUUAGCACGCUAAAAAUCGCGCUAAUUUAGCACUCUAAUAAAUUCAGCACUUUCUUUAAUUCGGCGGGAUUUCUCACCGGGGUGCCUUAUUUUUUUGCUUUAAAAAUCAUGCUAAUUCGUCACUCUAAUUGCUUUGGGGGGGUUCUCGAAAGCCCUCCAAAAUUCCUCUAAUUCGGCACUCUAAUACUAAUUCGGCAUUCUAAUUUUGCACCCCAAAACCCUGCGCGUUUUCGCGCUAUCGGGGGGCUUGCAAAUUAGAGUGCUGAAUUAGAGCACACAACCAGAGGAAUUUUUAGAGGGUUUUCGAAAAGCCCCAAAAUCAAACUAGAGUGAUGAGUUUGCAACUUGUCGAGCGAGCUCCCCCUGGUGCUGGUGCAUUCCGUCGGCUUUGUCUAAAUUAGCAGAAUUUUUAGCGCUCGAGUUAGAACAUUUCUGACCAAAGGGCGCAGCUUCGUGAGAGAUCCGUCGGCCAUGUGUCGCGUGCUGUGAUUCUGCUCGCCUGUGUCGUCGGGUUUUGCAGAGUCUGCGCACAGAGGUACCCUGGUGGUGGCUGCAGCUGAGGGCGGUGGGUUUGCUUAUCGGUCGCGGCUUUGGUGGUGUGGUCGGUGGGUCUUUCCUGGGGGUUUCUCAGGGGUGUUGCUAGCGGCGUCGGGGGGUCUUCUGAGGUCGUUGGGAUGGGUCAAAUUAGAAAAAUUUUAGUAGCAUUUUCAAGGGAUAGGGUGGCCGGUGUUGUCCCCCUGAGAUGCGGAAGCGUUAUGAGUGAAGCGCGACGACUUCGAUGCCGCUUGGUUUUGCUGAACCGCGUAGCUAGUCUUGUGCGCUGCUCUGAGCGUCAACCCCUGCAGGCAGUGGCCUCCCUCAAGUGGGGGGAGAGCCCCUCGGGGUGUUGCUUGCUGUUUAUGUAGAUAACUCACACAAAGGGUGCGCGUGCUUCUCUCUUCUUUUCUCAGGGAACUGGCUUCGCCUCUCUCUGUCACUUUGCAAAAGUCUAGCCACCUGCGGGCUGCGGCGUCUGCUCGUCGGUCGUUGUCUUUUUUCGUUUUUGCUUGUGGCGCAAUCGCGACAACAUCGCGACGGGGGUGAAGAUGAUAGUGGGUCUCUUGUUAUGGUUUGGCGGAUUCUUUUGGCUUGGGUCAGUCUUCUUACUCCUCCUACUCCUCCUACUCCUACUCUUAAUUCUCCCACUACUCCCACUGCUCCUACUACUCCUAUUCCUCCUCCUCCUACUACUGAGCCCGUUGCACCUACGACCGAUAUAAUUAGGAAGCGUGCGUCGUUUGUCCUCUCUCUCAGGUGGAAAUCAUGGAGGUUGGCACACGGAACUGCGUCGCGGUUGGAAUUUCUGGUAGAAAUUUUCUUCUCAACCGCAUGCCGGGGACCGAGCCCGCGUCGUUCGGGUACCGGGGAGAUGAGGGCAAGAAGUUUCUGUGUAGCACACGAGGGGAACCUUAUGGGCCGCCUUUUGCUCGUGGUGACGUUGUUGGCUGCGGAAUCAACUGGCUACGAGAUACCUUGUUUUUCACUCGGAAUGGGACUUAUCUUGGCGUGGCAACGACACUGUCUCAAUACGCAAGUGAGGCACCGCCGCUAUUCUACUCCCCCGAGGAUAUAAUUAAGAAGGUACCACAGCAAGUACAUGACCUUGCUUUUUCGUAGCAAAUAUUCAUAUCGAUUGGCUUUGUAAUCUGCAAGAGUAGCAUGAUGGCGAUGGCGAAUAUGUGAAUUGAUACGCAGCUUCUAGGAGGAAUCCAAUCAAAAAUCAGGAUGACCCAAAGUCGCCAGAAGGCCGAUGGUUUCCAACCGUGGGUCUUCAUAGUCCGGGCGAGCGAGUUCGUUUCCGCUUCGGUCCGCCUUUUUCGUACGAUAUCACACGACACCGCCUUGAUAUCAUGCAAGAGGAGAGAGCGAACAUUAACCGAGAAGCUUUGGCCGCCAGUAGUAUAUUUUUCGACCAGGAUGGGAGAAAGAAGAGAAUCCAUCAGCCGGUGGGUGACCGACUCGCAAGGAGCAGCAAAAUAGAAGAAUCUUGGGGAGCGUCAGGCCCAAGUGCGAGCGCUGCCUCCUUGCGUCCAGCGUUAGACGUAACUGACAGCCUCGUCCGUUCGUAUCUCACUUCGGCAGGCUUUGCGGAGACGCUCGCAGCAUUUGAGCUCGAUCGAGUAGAAGAGGAGCAGGUGGACGAGAGUAAGGUGUCGACUCGUCUAACGCUCGACUCCACAAACACGAAAACAACCGGUAGCUUGGUAGUGAACAGUGUAGAUCCACAUGAAGAAAAGCCACCGGCCGCGGGUUCGUUUUCUCAGCUCCCCCGAGAACAAGUGAGCUUGCGUGAUGCAGCACUCCGACCCUCACUCGGAUGGCGAGCUGCGGUGCG